UCUAUGGCUACACGUGGUCUCCGUUGGCAAUUGCACAUAACUACGGCUCACAACCAAACCUCGUAGGCAAAACAUUUACGGUGAAUAUGGCGACUGAGACGUGAAUUGUGAAAGUAAUAUAAUUGACACUUUUGUGUUAAUUUAUGUUGGUGUACUUACAAAAAAAAAAAUAAGCAUUCCUGUGCAAGCUAAUUUGGUUGGUAACACUGGUGUCUCUCACAAGAGUUGCUAGAAUAUGGACUCGGAAUGGCUCUCACGAUUGACUAUUUCUGGCCAUGUGACACAUCGAACCACACCUUCAACCACGAGAAGAGCUCGUUUUUAAUAUCGGCAGCCGUUCUGCCCUGGACACACGAAGCUGUACAAAGUCCACCUGCUCCGAGAAGCCUAACGUCGCCUACACAAAAGAACCAAGUUAGUAUAGGACGUAAUAGUGGCUCGGCCAACUUUUGUGCAUACGACAGCAGGAUGGCUCAUCCUAAGGUGUCGUUACCUAAUAGUGUGAGCUCCUUAAAGGUUCAAACCCGUAUACUUGUCAUCGGAGCAGGGGUAUCCGGGCUUUCAGCGGCCGCUGAACUCAACCGCAAAGGCUACGGGAAUGUAAAGGUAUAUGAGGCCAGAUCCAGACUGGGAGGUCGGAUUCAUACAUUUACGCCGGAUCUAGAGACAAAAAGUUCACUGGAGGGGCGUCCUAUAAUCGAGUUGGGAGCGCAAUGGAUUCACGGUCAAGAGGGCAAUUCCGUAUUCGAAACCUGCUGUGCAGAGAAGGCGAAAAUCGGAGGCACACUUGAUCUGCUGGAUUUAGAUGCUCCGAUUUUUUUCGAAAACUUUCAUUACUGGCACCAGCUUGAUAAGGAUCAAAAUGAGUUCAUGGCGAAGCUCGUACAGACGUUCGAAGACUUGCGUGACGAAUGCGAAUCUCUAUCAAAUGAUUACGCAGGCGGUCGAAGUGAAAAAGAGGUUUCUCGGUCCCUUCUUGCGUUCCUUGAGGCCCGCUUUGGAAAUCUUCUGGAACGGGAGACUGACCCUGACAAACGAAAGACACUGGUAUGGUUUUUUAACUGGGCGAUCCGGCUGGAAAACGAGAUUAAUGGACAUGAAGCAAACGAGAUAUCUGCGAAUUAUUUCGGGCAAUUUUACGAAUGCAAAGGAAACAUUACAACGGAAUUAGGCCCACGGGGUUACAAAGCAUUCAUUGAUCUAAUGCUAAGAUAUAUACCAGCGGAAACAAUUUUUACCGAAACGGAAGUGACACAUAUUGAUUUCUCCGUCCGUCCAAUCAAGGUAACAUCAACAAAGGGGAUCGAGGAGUUCGACUAUGUCAUAUGUAGCCUCCCACUUGGAGUGCUCAAGGAGCGACAGUCACUUUUGUUUACGCCCGAACUUCCCAAAUGUAAAUCGAUGACAAUCAGUGCACUUGGGUUUGGAACGUGCAAUAAAAUCUACCUCGAAUUUAGGGAAAAGGACGUGUUUUGGACGGCCGGCGAUGUUUUUCAGGUUCUAUGGAAGGACGAUCAUCUAUUGCCCGGUGAAGCUGUUGGACGACGCAAAGAGUGGUAUCGUUCGGUGAGUCGACUAAAUGCAGUCCGUCAUAACAAACGCUUAUUGGUAGCGUGGAUUGCCGGAUCAGGUGCGCGCGAGAUGGAGGCGUUAUCUGAAAAUGAAGUAAUGACGGAGUGCUGGAAGAUCCUCAAAAUGGUCACCGAUCGAGAAGAUCUACCGAUUCCUCAACGAAUAAUUAGAUCCACAUGGUUCUCGGACCCGUUUUCACGAGGGUCGUACUCAUUUAUUUCGACUGCGUGUGAUCAACGUCUAAUUGUUAAAGACUGUUGGUAUCCACAUGAUGCGUAUUGUUCACUUCUGCCGGCAACUCUGGCUGAACCUGUUUUUGUUGACGAUGCCCCGGUGCUAUGUUUCGCUGGAGAAGCCACAUCCGAUCACUUCUACUCCACCGUACACGGAGCCUAUGACUCAGGAUUACGAGAGGCAACCAGGAUAGACAAUUAUAUCAAAGCUAAAGGUGCAGCAAUUCACACUAGCAUAGCGACUGGUGAUAUACAGGAUGAAGCGAAUCAGACCAAUACCGCUAAAAAUGAACGCGCUCAAAACGUAACCUUUGACGCAUUGGAAAAGAAAGAAAAAAUUGACAACAGUAUGACGUCGCAAUUGGCAGUAGAUAACAGUUUUGAGUCAUCGACUGAUGUGUCAGCCUGUUUAAACCUAAAGGGACACCAAAAAGACCCCAAUGAACAAAGGAUAAGCAAACUCACAGCGAAAGUCAACGUAGAUAACAAGGAAAGUGUGAGAAUUGCUGACGAAGAGCGAGAAGGAGUCGGAAGCGGAGCCGCUUUAACGAAGUACGUCGACUUCGGAAAUACUGACUCGGCUUAUUCCGAAACUGAUCACCAGUUAGAAAUGGUCGGUCUCUGCAGUGAUCCUAAUAAUGGAAACAGCAGAUUGAAGGCCGCAACUCAGGUACUCUCUGAACCUGGAGCGUUCUCAAUUUCCAGUCAUAAAGGUUCUCAGGCAGGUCCGUCCGGCGCAGGAACAUCUACGUCGUAUACAUCACUGCCUUUGAAUACAACGGCUCCGUAUAAUAUCAGGAGGGGCGAGCACUUUCGAGUUAUUAUCGUUGGCGCAGGGGCUGCUGGUUUGGGCGCAGCUUUACGGCUCACUGAUUCAACGAGGAAUACCGCACCGAACAGCGAGAAUUUGUUAAUUCUUGAAGCGCACUCGCGUCCGGGGGGGCGUAUUCUGACACAUUACGAAGCGGCCGAAAUAACAGGUGGUCCCCUCGAGUUAGGCGCGCAGUGGGUGCACGGCGAAGAAGACAAUGCAUUAUUCGAAUUUUGUCGGCGGCACAGUCUUCUUUCUGAUCCUCGUGCAGACUACUCCGUAGAGGGAAAAGGCGUGUUUUUGCUACCGGACGGUUCUGCAGUUCCUGAAGAGUUAAUUGAGAAUAAAAUUAUGGUGCUCAAUAGUGUGAAGAAUGAACUGGCUUUACUGAAGAACAGUACUAAAGAAAAACAUCAAGGUAAUUCCUUCGACUACAAAUCGGUCUUUGAAAUGUAUCGGCGUCGGUUCGAGGCACAUGUCAUGGAGACUUAUUACAACCAGUUUGGCAGUCACGGAACUCCGCAGUCGUUCUCAGCUGGUGAUCCGGAGCUCAUGUCAGCAAUAUUAGACUGGUACCGCAAGUUCGAAAUUGUAGAUAAUGCCUGCGAAGAUCCCGAACAGUUAGCUAUAAGGGGAUAUGGCGAUUAUGUAGAAUGUCCCGGCGUCUAUUAUAUCAACUUUAAUAACGGUUAUGAGUCAUUUGUUCGAACGAUCGUUAAGUCUCUUCCGGAAGGAUCGUUGCGUCUCAAUGCUCCCGUUUCAAAAGUAAUCUGGAAACGCAGACAUGAAAAUCAAGAGGUGGUCGUUGUGGAAACUUGCGACGGAAAAGUGUUCACCUGCGAUCAUUUAAUCAUGACACCAUCGGUACGGGUUCUAAAGCAGUUUCCCUUUCAGCCGUCUUUGCCCAAGUUCAAACACGAGGCACUUCGUUGUUUUGGCUUUGGCACAAUUGAUAAGAUAUUUUUGGUAUGGGAUGAUGGGCCUUUCUGGCCUGAAGACAGUCUCGGUUUUCAGUUCCUAUGGACCCGUUAUGAUGACGAUUUCUUCAAGGAACAUGGUGAAUAUCUUCGCGGCAUUUACGGUUUUGAAAAAGUAAACCGCCGUCCAAAUGUUCUACUUGGUUGGAUUGGCGGGGACCAUGCCGUUGAAAUGGAAAAGGUUGCCGACACUGAACUGCUUAGGGGAUGUUACCAUUUACUUAAAAGAUUUGCCAAUCGAGUAGUUCCUGGAGGUGUACGACCACCGUCGCGUGUCAUUCGUUCGGCGUGGGCGUCUGAUCCGUACGUUAAUGGCGCUUAUAGCCAUCGUCUGCUCCCGUUCGACCAAACCAACGAUCCUGUAGGGAAAUUACAACAGCCGCUAUAUUGCUCGACUAAUGAAGAUAACGAUUCUGCCACAACUGAUCUAGAAGACAUCGCUGUCGGCCAUGAAGAACAUCGACAACAGGAUAGGAAGGAUCUUCAUCCGUUGGUAUUAUUCGCUGGAGAAGCAACAGACCCAGUAUAUUUCUCUACGGUCCAUGGGGCCCUCCGUUCCGGCCAGCGGGAGGCACAAAGGCUCAUCGACUACUGGAAUUGCAAAACCUCACGAGAGUUCACGUAACGAAACCUCGGACGACACAGGCCAUUGAAAACGUGCCAAAAUGCUCAACGAAGCAAUUAGACGCCAACGUGAAAUUUGUUCGACAGCUCCAGGCGAAAAAUAGAAAUAGAAACGCAUGGUUUUUUCGGAGAAGGAGAUGUUAGCUUAUUUUCAGUAAGAAGAAAAACGCAUAGGCUUCACUUGCCUUACUUCAAACUAAAAUUAUUUAAGCCUUUUUUCAAGGAUAGGCUUAUACGGUCUCAACAGAGCUAAGUAAAUGACCUGUGCCAUAUAAUGCCCCAAAAAGGAGUUACUUUGUUGGUGCUUAAGAAGCAUCUAUGCCGCAAAGGUCGUUAUUGUGUAUGGAACUAGUUACUAACAUGAGAUUAUGUUCAAACACAAACAGAAAUAUCCAUAGAUUUAUAACUUUGCAUUGUGAUAACGAUAAUACAUGUUACUAACGACCAGAGUCAUCACAGAAUUAAACUGAUUUGAUACUUUGUGCA